AUUACCCACGAAAUCAAACAAAAAAUGAAGGAUAAAUCUCCAAAGCUCCGAUACGCAAUGGUCUGCUCCUCGAAACAGAAUCGGAGCAUGGAAGCCCACUCCCUCCUCCAGCGCCAUGGCUUCGACGUCUCCUCCUACGGCACUCGGGCACAUGUUAAGCUCCCGGGUCCAUCGUACCGCGAGCCCAACAUCUACGAAUUCAGAACCCCUUAUCACAAGAUGUACGAUGACCUCCUCCGCAAGAACCCUGAAUUGUACAAGCGUAAUGGGAUCUUGCCGAUGUUGAAGAGGAAUAUGAGUGUGAAGCUAGCGCCUCAGCGCUGGCAGGAUAAUGCUGCUGAUGGCCCCUUUGAUGUUGUUCUCAGUUUCGAAGAUAGGGUUUUCGAUGCGAUCGUUGAUGAUUUUGUAUUCGCUUUCAUCUCUCGAGAUCAUGGUGGAAACGAGGGCUUCUUCUGAACGGUCUCUUCUUUCAACCUCCUCCUCUUCAUCAACUGUCUUCAAGCCCAAACACUCCAAAGAUAAACAGUUACAAAAAUUGAACAUGUUACAAAAAUUGAAGAAUCCAUGUCUCUGCCGGUGUCCGAUCCUCCGUCGAGGGGCGACGAAAGCGGCGACGAUACCGCAGUCGCCAAGGGAUCGACGAUGACCAAGAGAGGCGCCUACGCCGCCCUAUCCUACAUGACCUGCGCCGUACUUCUGGUUAUGUUCAACAGAGCAGCUCUGUCUUCAUACAGUUUCCCUUGUGCUAAUGUUAUUACUCUCUUACAGGUAUGCUAUUUUCUCUCUGUGAUGCCUGCUUUGUCUGAUAUAUGCUAUUAAUGUAUCUUAUUUUUGUUCAGUUAUUUCCAACUUUUGAAAUAAUUGUUUUUCUCAUGAGAUGUAGACUGCAAUAUUUAAGCACUUCUUGAUUCUUAUGUAACUUCUAUUUUAGAUGAAACCAUAAAAUAUAC